UGGCCGGCAAGGAGAAAGGCACCAUACGGCAGCGCCACAGCCACGCUGGCCCGUCGAACACUGAACACGAGGGCUCGCAAGACGACGAGCAUGUUGACGUUGUAUACCAGAACCCCGGAGAUAGAAACCACAUUGAGGUGCUCCUCGAGUCGCCCAAAGCGAGCGUGGUCGUUGUGAGCGUCCUGACGGCGCUGGCGUUCGCCCUGCGCUUCUACAAGAUCAACCAUCCAGACCAGGUCGUGUUCGAUGAAGUCCACUUUGGCAAAUUCGCGUCGCACUACAUCAUGCGGCAGUACUAUUUCGACGUACAUCCGCCCUUCGCCAAGCUCCUCUUCGGUCUUGCGGGCUGGUUUGUUGGCUUUGACGGCCAUUUCACGUUCGACAACAUUGGCGACUCGUACACGACCAACCACGUCCCAUACGUCGGCAUGCGGGCGCUCCCGGCUAUUCUCGGCAGUCUUACCGUCCCGGUUGUGUAUGCUAUCAUGAAGGAGAGUGGUUACUCGACGGUCAUUGCGUCAUUCUCUGCCGCGCUCAUUCUUUUUGGUAAUGCGCACAUUGCCCAAUCCCGCCUCAUCCUUCUCGACGCUACCCUAAUUUUCUUCAUGUCUCUAACGAUUUACGGCUACAUUCGAUUCCGCAAACUUCGCUACAGGGAAUUUACGCCUGAAUGGUGGACAUGGCUGGUUCUUACUGGGGUCUUUAUGGCUUGUACCUGGGGCUCAAAGGUCAACGGCAUCCUUACCGUUUUCGCGAUCGGUCUCGCGGUCUUGAUUGACCUCUGGGAUAUUCUUGACUAUAAGAAGGAAGGGCACACUAUGGAUUAUUUCUGGAAGCACUUCACCGCUCGGGCCAUUGGUCUCAUCCUCGUUCCGUUCCUUAUCUAUUUGUCCUUCUUCUACGUUCACUUUGCUGUCCUCACACAAUCCGGUCCUGGUGAUAACUUCAUGAGCCCUGCGUUCCAAGAGACUUUGGCAGGAAACGAGAUGCUCAUGAAUAGCAAAGGAAUCCAUUAUUAUGAUGUCAUCUCUAUGAGGCACAAGGAAACAAAAGUGUUCCUGCACUCUCACGUCGAGCGGUACCCCUUGACUUACGCCGACGGACGUAUUUCGAGCCAAGGUCAACAGGUUACCGGAUAUGGCCACAACGAUACUAACAACUUCUGGAGGGUCAUUCCUACCAAGGCCCUUCCUGAAACUGGCCGCGGACGGAUCGUCCGCAAUGAGGAUGUUAUCCAGCUACUCCACGUCAACACCCAAACCCACCUCCUGACCCAUGAUGUCGCCUCACCUUUGAUGCCUACCAAUCAAGAGUUCACAACCUGGCCCAAAGACGAUCAUUCUCGGCACAACGACACUCUCUUUCAGGUCGUGCUUGUGAAUGGGCAUGAAGGCGAAGCUUGGAAGACGAAGUCCGGCCACUUCAGGCUGAUCCACGUCCCAACGAAGGUGUCGAUGUGGACCCAUGCAUCUCAGCUACCUGACUGGGCCUUCAAGCAGCAAGAAAUCAACGGAAACAAGAACCCAACAGAGAAGACUGCGACUUGGUAUGUUGACGAAAUUGCUAGUCAAGGGGACGACGACCGGGAAGAGGAGAAGAAACCCGUCAAGGCUCCCAAGAAAAUGAACUUCUUCCGCAAAUUUGGCGAAUUGCAACUGUUGAUGAUGCAGCACAAUGCUGGCUUGACUGCCUCCCAUCCUUACGCUAGUAGCCCUAUCAACUGGCCCUUCCUCCUUAUGGGUAUCAGCUUCUGGACCGAGAAUGAUUCUAAGAAGCAGAUCUACCUCAUUGGCAAUAUUAUCGGUUGGUGGACCUGCAUCAUUGCCCUCUCGAUCUAUGUUGGCAUCCUCGGGGCCGACCUUCUUGCAAGACGUCGCGGAAUGGACCCCAUCCCUGAUCGCGUCCGCAACCGUCUCUGGAACAACACUGGCUUCUUCCUCCUCGUCUGGGCCGUCCACUACCUGCCUUUCUUCCUAUUCAAUCGCCAACUCUUUAUUCACCACUAUCUACCGUCACACCUCUCGUCCGCUCUCAUCGCUGGAUCCGUCCUCAGCUUUGUGCUCAGCGAAACCAUCAACUACCCGAUCUCUGCGAGAGGCCCUAAAACAAGGCUUCGCCCAUCCCAAUACUCUGACAUCGGUCUCAAAGGCCCGGUCAUCCUCCUCGUCUUCAGUCUCAUUAUGUUCUUUAUGUUUGGCUUCAUGGCACCACUGACAUACGGCACACCAGGGUUGACGGGUGAGCAAGUAAACAGCAAGAGGCUGCUCUCCAGCUGGACACUUCACUUCGCCGCCAAGGUCACACAUGAAGUGUGAA